CAUCGGCCAAAACGGUAUUCUCGGUAUUCGGUCUCAUUUAAAAGGUAAGUACAUUUCUUAUUGAACAAAAUGAACUGCCCGAAAUGUUUACCACUGCCAGUGAAGUGAUCAUAAUGUUUACCUUCUAAAUACACAUGAUCGUUUUGCGGUAAAUUCCUCGUACCGAGACAAUUCAGUAGAUAUUUGGAGGAACCUGAAACGAAGCUCCACAUUCCAUUCGAGAUAGGUCAGGAUUUGUAGACGUCCAUUCUUCCCAGCAUCAAUGAAAGACGUCACACGUCAGUCUGAACAAACUUGCUUCCAGCGUGAACUGUGAACUAUCGUCCAUAUGUUUUUAGUACUGUGGCUGGAAAUUUGGCAAGGAUUGCUCGUCCGUUCAUUUACCUCAAUGAACUCCAAAUUUAGCACUUCCAUUGCCAAAACAUUCCUUCAUAGUUGGUGUUCCUCCCUAAAACUGCGUAAUUGAAGGUAACGCCCCUCUUUGGAAGCCAUACCCAGGAGGCAAAUUUGACUAUACCUACGGUUAUCAUCCCCACCAGACCUCACAAUUAUGUUGGCAAAUUAUUUUUCGGGGUGUGUUUCGAAAAACAAACAAAUCUAACACGGCCAUCUUAUCACGUACAAGGUCACCGAGACAAUCGUAACUGGUCAAACAGAACGGCAGUAGCGAUCAGCAAGGUUAUCGAAAUGCCCACUAUCAUGCUGCAGGUUUUUUUUCGAUUCAAAAUAACUACACAGCAUUACACUCAAAACCGUUCUCCGAGCAUCAGUACACAAGUACCUUUCAAUCGCAUUGGUUUGCAUGUUGCUAUAAUUGUGAAACGUAAAGAAAUGUUUGAGAAAAUCUUUGUGAUCUUCCUGGCGAUCGUAACAGCAGUACACGCCGAAGAACCUAGCCAAGUUGAAGCACCGGAUGCGCUCGACUUUUCCUACGCCCAGCUGUGGCGUUACGCACAACAACAGUGCAGCCUGAAAGGGAUCACGCCGACUGCAUUCACACACUCCUGGCUAGGGGUUCGGCGAUGUCUCAAGAACACACUGGAUGUGGUGCGACUGAAUGAAGACUCGAUGCGAUUAGAUCUUGGCAACCAGGAAGAAAUACUUGGCCGCCACUGUCCGCAGCUGUUCGUGGCUGUUAAGUGUUUCAAUCCCUUCAUGGACAUGGUAAAGGGAUGCGUAAGCGAGGAGAGCUAUGAGAUCUUCCAUGCUUUGCACAACUGGUUUCACGACAUUCUGGAGUAUCUUUGCGAAAAUAAUGGCGCCAACAUUGAGUACGAUAAGGAGAAGCAUGACGUUUGUACACGUGAGAUUAACAAGUACAUCAUUACCUGUGCGGCGGAAAACUUGAUCGCCACUCCAGAGGUGAAUCGUAAAACGCUCUCCGAAGAAAAUUGCAAUGCACUCGCUACAGCAAAGGACUGUCUGUUGGAAAAGCUAAAGAGCUGUGGCGUCUUUGCAAACGGAGCAAGAUUGUUCUACGAAAAUUUCAUUCAGAUAACGUCGUGCAAAAAUUACAUCCCCCAAACGGAACGAAAAUAAACUAGCGUUACCCACCCCCA